AUGGGCCGAAGCGCUUGUUUCUCUUGCGUUUUCUAUUCUACAGGCAAAGGGGGGGGGGUGGCGCAUGGACCCACGAGAAGGUUUUAUUUUGUUUUUUACAUUUCAUUAGCGUUUAUUUUUUUUUCUGUGUGCUUUCGCGUGUUGUGUUUUGAGCUUCGUUUGCGCUCUGUGCGCCAAGUUGCGGCGAGGGGCGCUUCUCUCUUGGUGCUUGCGGCGCUGCUCUUUUGUCUUCGGCGGGUCACGCUGCUUUUUUGUAUUUUGCUCCGUUUUGUUUUUUUUUGUUUUUGUUUGUGCACUGCUCGCUGGGUGCCGGCGGAGGUGGAGGAGGGCAUCUCCGUGCGGGCGAUCGGUGGGCGGGCGGAUGCCGCGGAGCUCUGCCCGUGGCGAAUCGCUGCGAGGCAAGGUGCGCCAACGCCGCUGCCGCAGUGGGCCGUGGCGGGCCGGUUUUGGAGGGGCGGCAGCAGCUGUUUUUAUGGCUGCAGCGGAGUGGGCCAACAACUUCUUCGUGUAGGCCAACACUGGCGGUGCGAGUCGCGCUCUCUUCGGCACCGGGGGCUUGCCGUCGCGGAGCCGCUCCUCUGUGGGUGUCACGGCUUUUGUGGCGCUUUUCCCUGCCUUUUGGCCCACCACGCUGCGAAACUGCCGUGGCACGAGCGGGGCCCAUGGCGUCCGCCUGCAUCUGGCACCGGGUCGCCGCUUAAUUCGGUGGGCCGCGAUUCCGUUGCGUGCAUGGGGGCGGAAGCGAGACACCCUGCGCGGGUUAUGCGCUGCCCCGCCAACGCGUUCCGCACCGCGCGGGGCCUGAAUGAUGACAGACGCCCUCUGCCUCCUCACCGCCCCGCGCACAGACCCUCUCACAGUGCCAGUUCCGGCGCUUAG